GCGCUGAUACUCUCCGGCAGCGAGCUGGAGUCCGCCUGCUGCCUCCGCUGUAUCACUGGCCACCUGCCUCUCCGGAAAUAACACACCAACUAAACUAAGGGUGACCACAGCCGAAGAAAGGAGGCGAGACAAGAUACUUGACCGGUUCCUUGGUGCCACUUUUUCGGCUUCCAGCACCGGUCACCUCCCCCCUUUCUCAUACCCCUGUCCUGCGGGAGAGCAGGCUGCGCACCGGAGCGCACUUGGCGACCCGGGUUUGUUGUCGUUACCAGCAGGAGAGGAGCACCCAGCGACCCGAGCCAUAGCUGCCACAGCUCUCGUUAAACCGGGCUGUCCCCUCAGAAGAGAUACUUGCAUGGAUGCACCAUGGCCACUCUUGUCUGUAGGGUUCAGUUUUUAGAUGAUACCGAUCCAUUCAACAGCACGAAUUUCCCAGAACCGACUAGACCCCCGCUGUACACCUUCAGGGAGGAUGUCCCACUCAUCAACCAGUUAGCAGGCGUCCACAGGCUCCUCAGAGCUCCACACAAGCUUGAUGAUUGCACACUGCAGCUCUCCCACAAUGGCACCUAUCUGGAUCUGGAGUCCUCUCUGGCUGAGCAAAAGGACGAGCUGGAGGGCUUUCAGCAGGAUGACACAGGGUCCAGAGGAAAGAAGCACAGUGUUAUUCUACGGACCCAGCUGACUGUCCGAGUACAUGCUUGCAUCGAAAGACUGUACAACUCCAAUGGACGUGACUUGAGAAGGGCAUUGUUCUCUCUGAAGCAAAUCUUUCAGGAUGACAAAGAUCUGGUUCAUGAGUUUGUGAUGGCAGAAGGUCUGACGUGUCUCAUCAAGGUGGGAGCAGAAGCUGACCAGAAUUACCAGAACUACAUAUUAAGAGCUCUGGGGCAGAUCAUGCUGUAUGUAGACGGGAUGAACGGUGUCAUUGGGCACAUUGAGACAAUCCAGUGGCUGUACACACUUGUUGGCUCCAAGUUCCGUCUGGUGGUGAAAACAACUCUGAAGCUGUUGUUGGUUUUUGUGGAGUACUCCGAGUCCAAUGGCCCGCUGCUGAUAGAAGCUAUCACCUCUGUGGACACCAAGAGAGGAUGUAAGCCGUGGUCCAAUACUAUGGAGAUCUUGCAUGAGAAGGAUGGAGUGGACACAGAGCUGCUGGUCUAUGCCAUGACCCUCAUCAAUAAGACGCUUGCAGCAUUGCCUGAUCAGGACUCAUUCUACGAUAUGGUUGAUGUUCUGGAGGAACAAGAUAUAGAGACAGUGUCCCAAAGACAUCUGGGGCGGAAAGGCACUGAUCUGGAUUUGGUUGAGCAGCUCAACAUCUAUGAGAUGACCCUGCGGCAUGAAGACGGUGACGAUGACAGCCAGCCUCCACCAAUGGGACGCCGGGAUCGCCGACGAGUCAGCCUUGGGGGCCUGGAGAGAAGGCGGAGCCGCAGGGCCUCUCUUGGGCGAUCCGGUCACGCCUCCCCCUGCAGCCCUGCAUCCCCACAGAGAGAUGGCUUCCAGCCUUUCAGUGGACAGAGAACUAGGGACACGAGUGACAGAGCACUGUCAGGUUUCCUCCCAUCUAUAGAGGAGGAAUUUGAGGAUGGGAUAGAGGAUGAGGAGGAAGAGGGGACUCCAGUGACUGAGUCUGAGUCAGAUGAGCAGGAGGGGGCUAAACUGACCACCCUCAGCCCGGCCAGACAUCUCCCAUCUAUAGUUCACCGAACAACCGUCCAGUCCAUCACCAUCACUUCUAGAAAGGACACUAUAAAAGAGUCAGAGCAGAAGAAUCGACCUGAACCACCUCCACCACCCACCCUCCACUCCCCCUCAACCCCCACCUUCUCUCCUCCCGUCUCCUCCCCUCUCAGCCCCCCAGCCCCACCCUCCCUUCUGGCCACACUGCUGGCAAGGAAGAGGUCCAUCGUCACUGUCCCGGCUACCAAGGAGGUCAGCCCGCCAUCACGCGGCAGCUCCCGUCUCUCCCCCGAACACCUGCCCUACAUGCCCCACUCACCCUUCCACCUCUUCUCCUACGACCUUGAUGAGGAGCCAUCUCGCCCGGCUCCACCCAAACCCAGUGAGGAAUCACUCAAAACAACAUCUCCCAGGAAUGGAGGUCUCAUGUCCAACACCUCUUACAACACCCCAAGUACGCCCACUAGCUCUAGGCCUGCUUUGGGAGGUCUUCUGUCCUCCUCUUACCGACAACACCAGGAAUCUCUGGCGGCCGAGCGAGAGCGCCGCCGUGUGGAGAGAGAGGAGAGACUGCAGAGGAUAGAGAGGGAGGAGAGGAACAAGCACAGUCGUGACUAUGUGGAUAAAAUGGAAGAGGCCAGGCUUGCGCGGGAGGAGAGGUAUAAGAACGUGGAGCGCCUGGCGUCGGAGGAAUACGAGAGGGAGCAUGUCCGGGUGGCGAGGACUCGCCCUGACCUUAACCUGAACUUUGAACCCGCGGAGGCCUGGCCCUCGUCAUCGCGCAGCAGCACCCCGUCCUCAUUCGCCUCCCAGGAGGACGUAGAGGCUGACCUCGAAGCUGGGACCCCUUCCACCGCCUACACACCCUCUAAGACUGGAGAGGCUGACGACUCCAGUGCCAGUCUAGAAAGAGAGGAAAAAGAGGCCACUGCUGAAGAGGAGGAAGAACAAAAAGAGGAGGAAGUGCUGGAGGAAGUACAGGAGGAAGCAGCAUCAGAAAAAGAGGAGGACGAGGAGUGUGAGCAGGAGCUGAAGAAGGAGAAAGAGGAGGCAGAGGAGGACAGUGGCAUCCUGAGCGACAAAGAAAGACAGAAUGAGGAAGUGAAUGAGAAGGACAACUGCUCAGCCUCAAGCAUCUCCUCUGCCAGCAGCACUCUGGAGAGAGAGGAAAGGGGGAGCAAUCAGAAUGGCUUUAAGGAGGCAGAGAUGAAUGAGGAGUGUAGCAAACUCCUCAACAGCAAGCUCUUCAUGCUGGACAUGCUGUACUCCCAGGACAAGAAGCCCAGUGAUGAGGAAGAGGAAGAAGAGGACGUGGAGAAGGAAAAAGAAAAAGAGAAAGGAGGAGGGGAGGACAAAGAAAGCCAGAAGGAUGCUGGCGCGCAACUGGGCAAUGAGCAGGAGGCUGAGAAAUCCGAGCACCACGGGACCAUCCGACCGUUAGCCGAGCGGUUUGGAGACUUGAUCAAGGACCUCGCUUUGACCCCCUCUCACCUGGACGUCCCAGCCAACGAGCCCCCUCCUCCCCCACCCAAAAAGGAAUCGGACACGAUCUGGGACCAGCUCCUAGCCAGCCCUCGGGAGCUGCGCAUCGGUGACAUUAACUUUACUGACCUGACGGAGGAAGACGACAAAGACAUUCUGGAUGCUGUUUUGAUGGGAGAAUGCAGUGACCUCCCGCCUCCGCCGCCUCCUCCACCCUGCAUCCUCCGCUUCCCUCCGCCCCCACCCAUGCUAGGCAGCUGCCCCCCACCCCCUCCCUUGAUUGGAAUUAUGAGGCCUCCUCCUCCCCCUUCCUUUAGUGCCUCAAUUCCAGUGCCUCCACCCCCAGAGCCUCCUCUCUUCAACAAGAAGAAGAAGACAAUUAGGCUCUUCUGGAGCGAGGUGCGUCCCACAGACUCUCAGUACAGGGAUUAUAAGCGGAGUGGAGACUCGUUCUGGUCCAAACUGGAACCAGUGAAAAUGGACACAGCCAAACUGGAACAGCUGUUUGAGUCGAAAUCAAAGGAAAUGCCAGUUACAAAGAAAACCGCAGCAGACGGCAAGCGUCAGGAGAUCAUCGUUUUGGAUUCCAAGAGGAGUAACGCCAUCAACAUCGGUCUGACGGUGCUGCCUCCUCCUCGCACUAUCAAGACGGCCAUCCUUAACUUUGACGAGUACGCGCUUAACAAGGAGGGCAUAGAGAAAAUCCUGACGAUGAUCCCUACAGAGGAGGAGAAGCAGAAGAUCCAGGAGGCCCAGCUGGCCAACCCUGAUAUCCCGCUGGGUUCAGCAGAGCAGUUCCUCCUCACUCUGUCCUCUAUCAGCGAGCUCUCUGCCCGACUCCAACUCUGGGCCUUCAAGAUGGACUACGAGGCAACCCAAAAGGAAGUUGCAGAGCCGCUGCAGGAUCUGAAGGAGGGUAUGGAACAGCUGGAGAAGAACAAAACUCUGCGCUACAUCCUCUCCACACUGCUCUCUAUAGGAAACUUCCUCAAUGGCACCAACGCGAAAGGCUUCGAGCUGACUUAUUUAGAGAAGGUUCCAGAGGUGAAGGAUACGGUUCAUAAGCAGUCUCUGCUGCAUCACGCCUGCUCUGCUGUGGUGGACAACUUCCCUCAGAGCACUGACCUCUACUCCGAGAUCGGAGCCAUCACGCGAUCUGCAAAAGUGGAUUUUGACCAGCUGCAGGAGAACCUGUGCCAGAUGGAGCGGCGCUGCAAAGCCUCAUGGGACCACCUGAAGGUGAUCGCCAAGCAUGAGAUGAAGCCCCAGCUGAAGCAGAAAAUGUCUGACUUCCUCAAAGACUGCGCUGAGAGGAUUAUCAUUCUCAAGAUUGUUCACCGCAGGAUCAUCAACAGGUUCCAUUCCUUCCUGUUGUUCCUCGGUCAUCCGGCCUACAGUGUGAGAGAGGUCAGCGUCCACAGGUUUAGUAAAAUCCUCAGUGAGUUUGCGCUGGAGUACCGAACCACUCGAGACCGCGUGCUGCAGCAGAAACAGAAACGAGCCGACCACCGUGAACGCAACAAGACCCGAGGAAAGAUGAUCAUAGACGUCAACGCUCCUUCUGAUGAGGAAGAGGAGAGUGAGUGUGGUCGGGUUGGUUCCAGCAUUAGCAACAGUGCCCCUAGUGGCAGCCAGGAUGGCGAGCAUUCUCAGGGUCUGGGCCACACAGAGGACGCUGAAGAGCACGAGCACAUGAAAGCCGUGCUGAGAACCAGCCUCAGCGGCGGCGAAAAGGAGCCCAGCGGAGUGCCGGGGCUUCGUACACGGACAAGAUCCCGGCCUGGAAGGGGAGGUCGCAGUAUGCCAGCAUGGACCCCACCCAUGGGGGACACUCAGAUCUCUGGAGAGGACGCCGACGCAGACGAGAUCAUGGAGCGUAUUGUGAGGUCGGCCACUCAGGGUCCAGGAAACAGAGCCCAGCCCAGAGAGAGGCGGAGGUCCAGGGCCAACCGCAAGUCAUUGAGGCGGACUCUGAAGAACGGCCUGACCCCAGAGGAAGCUCUUGCUUUAGGACUUACCGAUUCUCCUGAUGCAGAAAUGUGAUCAUCCAAACCUCCCUCCCAUCAUUCUUCAAUCACCGGAGCGACAUCUCUGUCAGCCGUAUGCCUUCGCCACACUGUACAGUAUUUCACCAGUCACAGCCACCUUCAUAGAUUUUUGCCAGCUGCUAAUUUUGCCUAAUGUGUCUGAGUGAUGAAGCUGCAUCUAUGAUAGUGUUUUUUGCAACACAAAGACAACUCGGAAAUGAAGAAAGAUGAAAGGACUGAUGUAUUCAACUUUAAAUUCAGUGCUGCUGCCUUUACAUUGAGCGGAUACAUUUAACAUAUAUUGGAAAUGUUGUUGUUAGUCCAAAAGGGAUCACCUUUGCUUGUGAGUUUCUGCAGCUGUGACUUCACCAUUUUUCCUUUAUUUAAGCUGUGAAUUUCGGUUUUAAAGAGUAAUGGGCUGAAGAGUAAGUUUGAUUUGUUCCUUUUUUUUCCAGUUUCAAAGAAUCCCAAGAGAUCAACAUGAACAAAGAGGCUCACUAAGAACUUUUGUGUUUUCCUUCUGCAACCGCACAUUCGACAAGUGACGAGUGUAGUCGUGUUUAGUAGGAAUGUGAAGGGUUUUCGAUCAUAUGUGCCUUCCAUUUAAAAGGGACGAUAUUGGACCUUUUCACCAUAUCUCCCUCUUGUUUUAGUCACCUCCUACUUCUCAGAUAACUCACAAAUGUCACAUUCACAGGUGUAGUUAUAUCGAAUAUGACUGUUGAUUCCAAUAACGUUUUUAUUUUGGCAAAAUAUUUAUUUGCAAUACUCGGACAUCUUGCACCUUACUCAACAUCAAUAGUUUCUAUUCUGAAAUGAACGACUGACUCAAAAUACGGACAAAAGGAAGUAUUUAUCUCAGAGGAACUGUUUGUAAAGUGUAAAAAGACAAAGAGAUAAAGACAUUUUUUAAUGUUAAUCUAUUUUGAAGGACAUGCAGUAAUUUCUGCAUAAAAUGUGUAAAUGCCCUUGUCAGCUGCCAGGUACUAAGUACUGUAGUACUACAGUGUGCAUGUUUAGUGCGGUUCAUGUGAUGUUUUAUUUUUGUAAUUUCUGCAGAAAUGUGUAUUAUAGUCUGAGAGAAAGACUAAAAAGAGGCUAUUCUGUGAAAGUAUUGCUUCGUGCUGAGAGGGGCGAUCAGUAUCUGGGCAUUUACUUUGAACUCUUCGGCCACAUAUUGUACUUUGAAUGAACUUAAAAGGAUAAUUAAUA